GCUUCGCGUCGUUUUCCGCUCGCUGCUCGCUGGACUGCUCAAGCCUGGGGCUGCUAGGGAGGCUGCGGGUUCGCCGGGCCCGCCUGGCCGAGCGAGGGUAAUGGUCCCCGCCUCGCCGCUCGCCGGCUGAGGAGGGGCCGCCCUGGCUGGGUGGCAGGCCAGCCGCGGCGUGGGGGCGCGGGCCGGAAGGGGCGUAUUGCCGCCCCGCGCUGCUGCUGAAUGUCGGCUCCAGAGGAUGAGGAGAGGCUCCUGCCGCUCACCCAGAGAUGGCCCCGCGCGAGCAAGUUCCUCCUGUCGGGCUGUGCGGCCACCGUGGCCGAGCUAGCAACCUUUCCCCUCGAUCUCACAAAAACUCGACUCCAGAUACAAGGAGAAGCUGCCCUUGCUCGGCUGGGAGGUGGCGCGGGAGAGGCUGCUCCUUACAGGGGCAUGGUACGCACGGCGCUCGGGAUCGUCCAAGAGGAAGGCUUCCUAAAGCUCUGGCAAGGAGUGACCCCCGCCAUUUACAGACACAUAGUGUACUCUGGAGGGCGAAUGGUCACUUACGAACAUCUCCGUGAGGUUGUGUUUGGCAAAGGUGAAGAUAAGCAUUAUCCCCUUUGGAAAUCAGUGAUCGGAGGGAUGAUGGCUGGUGUUGUUGGCCAAUUUUUAGCCAACCCAACUGACCUAGUGAAGGUUCAGAUGCAGAUGGAAGGAAAGAGGAAACUUGAAGGAAAACCACUGCGGUUUCGUGGUGUGCAUCAUGCGUUUGCAAAAAUCUUCGCUGAAGGAGGAAUACGUGGGCUUUGGGCAGGCUGGGUACCCAAUAUACAAAGAGCCGCACUGGUGAAUAUGGGAGAUUUAACCACUUACGAUACAGUGAAACACUACUUGGUAUUGAAUACGCCACUUGAGGAUAACAUCAUGACUCAUGGCUUAUCAAGUUUAUGUUCUGGACUGGUAGCUUCUAUUCUGGGGACACCCGCCGAUGUCAUCAAAAGCCGAAUAAUGAAUCAACCACGAGAUAAACAAGGAAGGGGCCUUUUGUAUAAGUCAUCAACUGACUGCUUGAUUCAAGCUGUUCAAGGAGAGGGAUUCAUGAGUCUUUAUAAAGGCUUUUUACCGUCUUGGCUGCGAAUGACCCCUUGGUCACUGGUGUUCUGGCUUACUUAUGAAAAAAUCAGAGAGAUGAGUGGAGUCAGUCCAUUUUAAGCCCUUAAAGAUACAGUGUUCAGUGUCACUGACAUACGAGCAUCUGCAGCACAUCCCCCUGUUGUUUCUACCUCUUUAGGAAGACACCUCACUCCACAGAGACUAUGAUUUCUAGGGGGCAGCACUUUAUUUUUUAUCUGGAAACCCAAGUUCUCUUUGACUCCUCUUUUUGUUCAAAAGCAAUCUGGUUGGAAUCACACAAGGCCACCCCGUGAGACCCAGCACUGCAUUUCCUAAGGAAGAAUCAAGUCUCCACCACUUACCCUGAGCGAGAAGAUCUGACCUUCAAGAUCCUAUUCUCUGCUGAAGGGCCUGCUUAGAGGAGCAAGUGCCAGAAGGGGGGUGGCCUCGCAGACCUGAAGCAGGCAACAGGCAUGUGGAAACACACAGAGCAACCAAGACACAUGUGACCCGUGACGCCGGUGUUUAUGACUGAACUUUGAUUAAGUCACUUUUCUGUUGCUGUGAAAGUGUACACACUGUAAAUUAAAGGGAGGUGAGUGAAUGAACACGUUAAGGUGCCCUAGUGUGGACGGAAGCUGACGUACCUUUUCUUGCCAGGAGAAUGAAAAACAUCACGUUGAGAUGAUGUUUGGAUCUCAAGGGAAGAAGCGGUUUUCUGUCAGUGCCCCGCCGGCAGGUGAUCUGUGCUCACCGGUCAGCGCUCCGCGGCGCAGGCUAAGGCCUUGCCGGCAGCCGCAGAUCCGACCUGCAGGAAAACAGAGAGGAGUGUUUGCUUUGUCACAUAUCCCAUUCCCUAGGGCUCAAGAAUCUCAGUGUGUGAAAAACGCAGCUCACUUGAUGAACGCUCAGGUGGACGGGUCCUUUUGUAAAGAAACAUCUGUUAUCAUCAGCCUUUCGGUGGCAUUUUAAAAGCAAGGCUAAGAUGCAGUCAGCCCCUUCUGACACACAUCCUUUCUUAAUCUCCCAUCCCUGACACUAGGGGCCCCAGAGAGAGAGAGAACUCAGAAAUCACACUAAAGCUGUCUCUAGCCUGAAUUUUACUUAAUUUGACAAGGCUGCCUGCCUAAAAAGUGACAAGGACAAACUGCCUGUGGUAUACAGGUAUGUCUCCAGGCACUGAAUCACAUUCCUUUUCUUAGAAAGGGGAGCGAGUUCUUCAGAUCCUCCUCUGGACCACCUGUUCCCCCAGCCUCAGACAGUGGGCAUUCCUGGAAGGAUGGCUGCAGUUAUAGGCAGAGGCUGUUUAACUUCAAAACAGGAAAUCUCAGAAAGCUCAGAUCCAGGAAAGACCUUGGAGCUGAGCGAACAGAAUUCAUCAUGCACAUGGAUGAUGCUGAACAGAAAAAAGUAUACAAGUGCUCUGUGGUCACACGAUUGCAUAAUCACUGCCAUUUAAGAGGGGAAGUACACUCUAAAAUAUAUUUUAAUGUGAUGUACUAAUAUGCAGGCUUAUUGGCUUUUUUUUUAUAUAAGAUUUGCAGAAUGUGGAGUUUAAUCUCUUAAAAUCCAUAGAGGUCUUACUUUCCAUUGCAUUUGUCCACCUGUAUGAAUUGAGUUGUUAAACAUCUUUAAAAUAAUACUAUGUACUUAAGUUCUCAACUGUUCUGUGUUGGUUUUUUGUGUGUAUUUUAUAAUUUUUUAAAUCAAGUAAAUACUGGAUCAAAAUAAUGAUAUGCAAACUGGACCAUGAAAAAAUUUAUUUAGCUUUAUUCCUUGAGGGGCUUGAGGUGAAAACAUCGCUUAAGUACUGAGACUGCUCCCUGAGAUCUGGGUUCAACAUGAAUAACUGGAAUUUUUUAACCUGAAGAGACUCUUCGGGUUCAUCUGGUUUAACUCUGUCGUUUAUAUGUUAGGAAACUGAGGCCCAGAGAGGUAGAGUUGAUCCUGCUGGUAAGUUAGGAGCAGAGCCAGGAUGAAAAUAGAGAUCUCCCAAUUAUUAUUCCAACGGAGAGUUACAGUACACUCAUUAGGUACCGAGUAAAUGCCUUGCGUUACCUUCACAACAACCCAGACCCAGUCCAGUAUUACUGAAUCUUCCAAAAACAGGUUUUUCUUUCCGGCAUUUUUUGUCUGACACAUUUUAAAAUGUAUUUGGAUUGCUUUUACCAUACAUUUUAGAGUGGAGUCACCGUGCUUUAGCUUAAUGUUAAGACCCUCCAGAAUCUGACCAAACCCUGUAUAUCCAACACAUCUGUCCCAUCACAUUCACACUUUUCCAGUGAAAUCAUAUUCAUUAAUGUCUCCUGGAACUUUGCUUUAUUUUAGCAACUUGAAAUGAUCUUGUUCCUCUCCAAAAUGACCCACAGGAAAUUUUUUUUAAAAAAUGAAAAUUUCAGUAAUUUUGUCUCCAUACUGAAAGAUUUAACCUUUCAAUCUCACUUCCUUAUUAUAACACAACUCUAUGUGGUAUUUAUGUUUAGCUUGGUAUCGAUAAUACUUAACACUGAGUUUCCUUUGCUUGGCUUUCACAUUUUUUCUCUUCCCAAAUGAUUUUUUUCUCGUUGAGAAAUAAUAUAUUAUUUUUAAUUAUAUACAGUUCUUUGUUCUUUAUACAUAUAAGUGAAUUAGCAUAUAUAUCUAAAUGAAGAGAUAACAUUUAAAUUUGCUUUCAAUGAGGAAUAAUGCGUCUUUAUCAAGGGCUCCAAAUCCUAUUUGAUUAAGCCACUAGUAGGACUAUGUCUUGUUUUUACAGAAAUCUCUACUCUCAUUGGUAGCAUUUCUUUGCUAUUAGGUAGUCAACAAAAGUUACACAGAAUGUGAAUCAAUUAAUUUUGCCUUCAUUAUUUGGAGAUCUGUGACUAUCAUAAGAAUAGCCUGAAACUUCUUUCACUUAGCCAAGGAAAAAAGGAAGCAAAUUCAGGGAGGCUUUAAAUGUAAAAAGAGAAAAAAAGUUGCUUUUCUGCCAUCUUCAAAUUUUUAAGCAUAACCAUUUAUUUACAAUGGAAAUAGUUAUACACGUUCUUUUCUGUUAAUGAAAACAGAUUCCCUCAGGACUUCCAUUGGAAAAAUCUUUAAUUUUUAUACUUGGCAGGACAAAAAAGUUGGGGGCAAAAAUACUUGGUUCUCUUCUCCCCAAUUAAACCAGAACUCUUUAAAAAUGAUUGCCAAAUAUUAUUAUUACUGAAUGCCAGGUGAUGUGGAGAAAAGGUAAAACAUGGAUUCUAAAAGCCUUUUACCCUGUUUCGGAUUUUCCUUCUGACAAAGCAGUAAAACUGGGUCCAGUCCCUUCACUUCUCUUGAUUUCCGUUUCUUUAUAAGAUGAAGUGACUCAACUCUGGAAUCUUCCAACAUGCCUAUACUUGAAGGGGGGCAUUAUAUUAAGGUCAUAUGGGAAAGAGUAGGAUUAAAAAAACGUAUUGGGAUUUGUCUUUCCUGGAUUUAAUUAAAUUCUCAUGUUGCAAGAUUGGGAGUUUUAUUCAGGCCUUACAGUAGAAUCAGAUUUUUUUAUGUGGCUGGAAAUCAUUCCUUCACCUAACAGCACAGUCAUCUUCCUUCAGGCAGCUCUGGGUAUGUCACCCACAUUCCUGCCUUCAGUUACUCCUCUCUCUCUCUCUCACUUUCACACACACACAUGCACACACAGUAAAGAUUAAAAGCUCUAAUACCAUUUCCAAGACCCCUUUCUCUAAGCUGUGCGUUCCCCUGGGUCCCCGCCCUCCACCUCCGCACAGACGCGCUGCCACCCCCUCCCCCCGUUUCUCCGGAGACCCUCUUCACGGGGCUGCUUCCCAGGCAGCGUUCACGCCGCGCCCUCCACGCACUUUCCUCCAUCACUGCCACCCGCGCAUAAUCACUUUCGCUGCUGAAGUCCUGCUUCCACAUCCAGAAUGAUCUCUGAAGCCUUCAGCAUCUUCAGCACCUCCGUGCUCCCACUGCUGCCUCUACUGCGGAGGUCUGUCUGUCUGCCUGCCUGCCUGCCCUCUUCCCCCAGACAGAAUGAACUCACAAGGGAGGACCAUGUAACACAACUCUUGUUUCUCUUUGAGACUUCAAACAGAAGACAGUUAGAAGGUGUUUGUUAAAUGCAGAAACUUUUUGGGGUGGAGAGAAAAAAAAAACAUUUAUGCACACGUGAUUAAGUCAUACGUCGUUUUCUUCCUACCUUCAGAAUAAUGAUGUCGGGUCAGUAACGCUUGAUUUCGAGACCCUUUACCGUAGGCAGCGCUUAGCUGCAUUUCCAAAAGAUCAUGUGUGUUUAAACAUAUGUAAUUAUUAUAAUCUUAAAGAAGUAUUCAUCAGUUUAAUAGCCAUUCUACAAAAAUCUAGAACUUCAUAGUUUUAAAUAAUACAAAAUAGUUGGAUAGUUGAUUCAUAAAUGUGACGUGGUUAUAUUAUUCUUCAUGUUAGAGUGUGUAUGAAAAUUCUAUCGCUGUUUAUAUGAUACCACACAAAUGUAUGCUUUGCCCACUCGAGUGUCUUAUUAUUUCUGAACUUUGAGGAAUAUGUGAUUAUUUUUCUCUCCCCACACUUUACCCCCAGCAGGCUGCUGUGGUUGUCAACAGCAGCAGGAUCCACUUGGAAGGUUUGAUAAAAGCAGAUGAAGAUGCUUAAAGAUGUCUGUUUGCUGAAAAUAUCUGGUAACAGACAGGAAUAUCUGUGAGUAAAUAUAGUGCAUUAUUCUGGUUUCUAAAAUAAAUGUUUUAAAACGCCUAA